GGGCGGGGCGUGCUGAGGCCGGGACGGCGCCCGCUGCGGGCUUUGAGGCCAGCACAGCGCGGAGCAGCGCAGAGCCCCCCACGCCGAGCUCCAGCAGCCCCCGCGCCCCAACCCAGCGUCCGCCAUGCCUGAGCAGCUCAGCGUCGCCGAGUUCCUGGCAGUCACCGCCGAGGACCUCAGCUCCGCGGCCGGGGCCGCCGCCUUCGCCGCCAGGAUGCCCCGGUGUCGGGGGGCGGCGCUGGCGCGGGAGGAGGUCCUGGAAGGAGACCAGGCCAUCCUGCAGAGAAUCAAGAAGGCCGUGCGGGCGAUCCACAGCUCUGGCCUUGGCCACGUGGAGAACGAGGAGCAGUACCGCGAGGCCGUGGAGUCUUUGGGCAACAGUCACCUGUCCCAGAACAGCCACGAGCUGUCCACGGGCUUCCUGAACUUGGCUGUGUUCACCCGGGAGGUGGCCGCACUCUUCAAAAACCUGGUUCAGAACCUGAACAACAUUGUCUCUUUCCCGCUGGACAGUCUGAUGAAGGGGCAGCUGAGGGACGGGCGGCAGGAUUCCAAAAAGCAGCUGGAGAAGGCGUGGAAGGACUACGAAGCCAGAGUGGCCAGGCUGGAGAAGGAGCGGGAACGGGCCAGGGUGACAGGAGGGCUCCCUGGGGAGGUGGCCCAGGAUACACAGCGAGAGCGUCGCAUCUUCCAGCUGCACAUGUGUGAGUACCUGCUGAAGGCUGGGGAGAGUCAGAUGAAGCAAGGUCCCGACUUCCUUCAGAGCCUCAUCAAGUUCUUCCACGCCCAGCACAACUUUUUCCAAGAUGGCUGGAAGGCAGCUCAGAGCCUAUCUCCCUUCAUCGAGAAGCUGGCAGCCUCAGUACAUGCACUGCGUCAAGCCCAGGAGGAGGAGCUACAGAAGCUGACCCAGCUCCGGGACUCCCUUCGAGGGUCACUGCAGCUUGAAAGCAGAGAAGGGCAGGAGCACCUGAGGCGGAAGAACUCUGGGGGUGGAUACAGCAUCCACCAGCACCAAGGCAACAAGCAGUUUGGGACAGAGAAGGUGGGAUUUUUGUACAAGAAAAGUGAUGGGAUUCGAAGAGUCUGGCAGAAGAGGAAGUGUGGGGUCAAGUACGGCUGCCUGACCAUCUCACACAGCACGAUAAACCGGCCCCCAGUGAAGCUGACCCUGCUCACCUGCCAAGUGAGGCCAAACCCUGAGGAGAAGAAGUGCUUUGACCUCGUGACCCACAACAGGACCUACCACUUCCAGGCGGAGGACGAGCACGAGUGUGACGCGUGGGUAUCGGUCCUGCAGAACAGCAAGGACGAAGCCUUGAGCAGCGCUUUCCUCGGUGAGCCUGGUGGCGGCCCCGGAUCCGCGGCAGGCUCCGGACUGGAUGGGGAGCCCCAGGACCUCACGAAGCUGCUCAUCGCCGAGGUGAAGAGCAGGCCUGGGAAUGGCCAGUGCUGCGACUGCGGGGCUGCAGACCCCACCUGGCUCAGCACCAACCUGGGCGUGCUCACCUGCAUCCAGUGCUCGGGAGUCCACCGCGAGCUGGGCGUGCGCUUCUCGCGCAUGCAGUCCCUCACCUUGGACCUGCUGGGCCCCUCGGAGUUGUUGCUGGCCUUGAACAUCGGAAACACCCGCUUCAAUGAGGUCAUGGAGGCCCAGCUGCCCUCUCACGGUGGCACUAAGCCCUCCGCGGAGAGUGACAUGAGCACCCGCAGGGACUACAUUGUGGCCAAGUAUGUGGAGCACAGGUUUGCCCGCCGGUCUGCGUGUGAACCCCAGAAACUCCGGGCAGCCAUUUACAACAGGGACCUCCUGUCAGUCCUGGAGGCCUUUGCCAGUGGGCAGGACUUUGGACAGCCACUGCCAGGGCCUGAUGGGCAGGCCCCUGGAGAGCUGGCCCUGCACUUGGCCGUCAGAGUUGCCAAUCAGGCGUCCCUGCCCCUGGUAGACUUCAUCAUCCAGAAUGGGGGCCACCUGGACGACAAGGCUGCGAAUGGAAACACCGCCCUGCACUAUGCCGCACUCCAUGGCCAGCCUGACUGCCUCAAGUUGCUGCUGAAAGGGAGAGCGUCAGUGGGCACAGUGAACGAGGCAGGAGAGACGGCUCUGGACAUAGUUAGGAAAAAGCAGCACAAGGAGUGUGAAGAGCUGCUGGAGCAGGCGCAGGCGGGGACCCUUACCUUCCCGCUGCACUUGGACUACUCCUGGGGCAUCUCCAUGGAGCCUGGCUCUGACAGCGAGGAUGACGAGGAGGAGAAGCACUGCCCUCCGAGGCCCCCAGCCCAAGCCCGCUGGGCCAGUGGGAGGCUGGACAUCAGCAACAAGACCUAUGAGACCAUCGGCAGCCUGGGACCAGCUACCCUGCAGAGCCAGAGUGAGGACUGCCCCCCGCCCUUGCCAGUCAAAGCCUCUUCUCGGACCAUGGUCCACGGGCGUACGGCCCAUGCCAGUGGAGAUCGUUCGGAAGUCUCCAGCCUGAGUUCCGAGCCCCCUGAGGCCUCUGAGGGCUUGGGCAGCCCAGCUUCCUCCUCCUCCAGCCUCACAAGCCCUGUGGAACCUGGGGGGCCCAGCCAGGCCCUUCCCACCUCUGAGGAGGGCCUCCGGGAGCCCCCCGGCACCUCCCGAGCUGGCCUAACAUCUGGGACUACCCCCGUGGACGGGUACCUCCCCGUCAGGUUCAGCUCGGAGAGCACGCGCUCCUAUCGGCGGGGAGCUCGGAGCCUGGAAGAUGGUCCCUCAGCCCGACAGCCUCUGCCCAGAAGGAACACGCCGAUUGGCUUCACUGAAGGAGAAGGCUCAAAAACUAGUGUUCUUCCAGCAAGUUCUUUGUAACUUUUGCAAGACUUGCUCCUUGCUGACCCCUGCGUGGCCCAUGCUGGACCCCAACAUGCAGAGCUGGGACCUGAGCUCACAGAAGCGGGAGCUGAGGAUCCAUUCCCUUGGGUCUGGCUCUCUCUGUCCUUCGUGGCCUUCUUCCUGUUGUGGACCUUGCCCCUUGCCAAGGACACUGGGCCUCCACACUGAGGCUGAUGGUGGCUCUUCUCCUCUAUCUCACUGCUCCCGGGGCUGGGCAGCCUUGUACCUGGAUCUGAGUCCUGAGCUGGCUUCAGCUACAGAACCCUCAGUCCCUCAUCAGACGAGGAUGGUGUCUCUCCCUUCGGUCAAGGGCUGCAGUAGGACACGCCCUCCUGCAUCAUUCUCUUCCAGACUGGGGACUGUCUUGGCCUCUUCUUGGUCUAGCAGUUCUUUACUGAAUUCCAGCUAUCUGUCUAGGCCUGCACUAGGCACCGUGGAUGUCGUGUACAUAAGGCAAGGGUCCUGCAGGUGUGGUCCCUUGCUGGGAAGCUGGUUUCAAGGACCGGCAUAAGAACAUGCAGAAUCAUAUUCUGGAGAAUAGUUCUGGGCCCAGGGGCAGGACCUACAUACACAGCUGGUUCCUGUCUGACCAUUAGCUGCCUGCAGCCCAUUUUUGUUGCAGUUGGCCAGUGCCUAUGCUGUAGUGGCUACUGAAUAAACAUCCUGAAUGCCUGUCAUUUGCAGGGCAGGGCAGCCCUCCCUGGGAUCUGGACUCGGGACCCUCCCCAGUCAAGAAGUAUAGUAUGACUCACCCACAUUUCCCUGUCUCCUUGAGGGAGCAGGAACAACAGGAAUGGUCUGGGUUAUGGAUCCCCACUUCCGUCCUCUUUCUCUUGGUCAGUUCAGGGGCCUUCCAGAUGGAGAGUGAGGGGCUACAAAAGGACAGAGGAGAGUGACAGAACAAAGACUUUAAGAUUCUGCUUCCCUGGGUCAGGAAUAUCCCCCAGAGCUCAGCCCCGAUGAGGAGGCAGGCACUCCCUCACCAUCAGCAACCACUAACGCCCCUGCUCUGCAGCUACUGGGUGCUGAGCCGAGCCAGGCCAAGCAGGAUGCCACAGGGCAUCAGGGCCAGUACCACAGUGUGGCCAGGAGCCUGGACUGUUCAUCCCAGAGCCUUACUGGUCUGCGGUGACUGGGAAACAGAAUUGCCUUCUGAGCCCUCGGAAUCUGGUUUCACUCAUCUCAAACUUGUUAUUUCACUCAUCCGUAAUAAAGAAUUUCUGGGGGUAAA